AUGGAUCUUAUGAAUCGGGUUUUCAAGGAUUGUGUCGAUGAAUUUGUUAUCGUGUUUAUUGAUGACAUCUUGAUUUACUCAAAGUCAAGAAAGCAACAUGAUCAACAUCUUCAAAUUGUUUUGGAGACUCUUCGGACAAAAAAGUUGUAUGCAAAACUUUCCAAAUGCGAGUUUUGGCUCGAUCAAGUGUCUUUUCUUGGACACGUAAUUUCUGCUAAAGGUGUCAAAGUCGAUCCGGCAAAAAUUGAAACCGUCACUUAUUGGUCACGACCUACGAACGUAUCUGAAGUUCGUGGUUUUCUGGGUCUGGUUGGUUAUUACAGACGAUUCGUUGAAGGUUUCUCUAAAAUAUCGCUACCUUUGACCCGAUUACUUCGAAAAGGAGUCAAAUUCAAUUGGGGUUCCGAACAAGAAUCUAGUUUUGAGGAAUUGAAGCAUUGA